AUUGCCUUUGCCCAUCGAGAACGGGUUUAUUGGCUUCCAGAACUAUCUGGAAUAAAUACAAUGACGAAGAAGCAAUCAGCGGUUUACUGCAGUAACCGUAGCGCUGAAUUAGCUGAUAUUGCGGACAGGGAGACGUACGGAUUGAUAUAUGGUCAUGUUGCCAAACACUACAAGUAUCAAACCCUAGUGUACACGUACGUACAUGUUUGGAUAGCAUCGAAAUACAACUCUCAGACCGGAAAAGUGGCACAGAGCAAUGGUGAACCAGGCUUUAAUGGAGAUAGAAAUUGGAAACAGCCCGGCUUUCCCACCUCACAGAGCACUAGCACCGAACUAGUGAUGCGGGUUCGUUAUUUACACACAAACGACAGUGGAUUACUGAAUUAUCCGAUCGGAAAAGAAUUUGAAGCGUCUACUGUUCUCUGCUCCAUAAAACUUUCUUCCGAUCUAUAAAUUUCUAAUUUUUAAGAUGAUUGUUAUGAAUAAAUGUAACUUUCCCAAUCCUCGUGUGUACGGUAAACGACGUUUGUUAACACUGAUGUUCUGUUUCACAUACCUCGUGACCGUUUAAAAACUAUAUAUAUAAAAAUAGUAUAAAUUGUACCUCUUUUUGAUUUUUAUUACAUUUUGAAAUGAUUUAGUUUUGCAUUACCUUAUAAGCUGUGUGCACUUAUUAUUAUUUAGUCAAUAUACUGUGAAUUAAUUAUUUUAUAUUUAUAUGUGCUCAUUUAUUAGCGCUAAGCUCUCUUGUUAUUUUUUACUUUUUGCUUAGUGAGGCAUGACCAAAGAAUUCUGUUGUUUGGGACGCGAGUUAUUAUAGUGAUUCAUAAAUUAUCGGGUAACGCAAAUUAUUAGUAAAGCUUAUGUUAUUAAAGUUAAAGCCCGUAUCAUUUUGCUAUUAUUUAUCUCGUGUUGCAGGAGUAUUGUAAAGUUGUAUUGUUAUUGUUAUUACUUCUUUUAUUGC